AUGAUUGCUCUCGAUGAUUUUAUUUUGGCUUCAGAUCAAUUGGUCGAAUUUUGUUCCGAUUUUAAAGGUAAAGCUUCUACUGAUUUUACAGUCAGUUCCUUAGAAGCUUAUAAAUUUGAAUUGAAUAAUCUUUGGAAUGAAGUUAAGAAAAGUUAUUCAUUUUGCAUUCGUUCUUCUGAGUGCACAGACGAUGAAAAUCAAUUAAAAUCAGUGAAAGCUAAAUAUAAACAAGCUUCGGAUACAUUCGUUAAUUGUUUAAGUGAUAUUAUUGAGCUCACAAAGAAAUUAUUGACAAUUUUUGAAAGUAAAUUAAAAGAUAAUACAACCGAUUCUCAAAGUGCAAGGCAAUCUCAGGAUUCAAGUAAUAAUUCAAGUAGUGAAGUGUCAUGUCUUAAAGUCCCUCCGUGUGACACCGAGAUUUUUUAUGGUACAUACCAAACAUGGCCCUCGUUCAGGGACAUGUUUACUGCAGUGUACGCAAACCACCCUAAAUUAUGUGCUGUGCAAAAACUAUAUCAUCUUCGAUCUAAGACGCGAGGUGAAGCAAGCAACAUCGUUUGCAAAUUCCCACUCACCGCUGGAAGUUUUGAUCUCGCUUGGGAAGCCCUUAAGGAUCGUUUCGAAAACAGGCGUAUUCUAGUGAAUACUCAACUUAAAACGUUAUUUAACAUGCCAUACAUUGCCCAAGAAUCAAGUGUAGGAAUUAAAAACAUUCAAAGAGAUAUUAAUGAUUGUCUAUCCGCUCUUAAAGUUAAUAAAAUAGAUACAUCCAAUUGGGAUUCUAUUCUCGUUUAUCUUUGCUCGAGUCGUUUACCUGACGUAACACUUUCAUUGUGGGAACAGUCCAUCGAAAACCCGCGGAAGAUCCCUACAUGGUCCGAGUUGGACACUUUUUUAACCAACCGUUUUCAAGUUUUAGAAACAGUUUCUGAUAUUCGCCUAAAACCCAAACCAAAAGCAACUUUUACUAAAACUCAUUCAACUCAACCCUCUCACGAAAGAAUUCAACAAUCGUAUCAUAGUAAACAAAUCAAUUACACAUGUAAGCUUUGCGAUCAAAAUCAUCCCCUACGGUUUUGUAAUAAGUUUUUGCAAAUGACAACAGAUGAUAGAAUUAAAACCGUCAAAUCCCAUAAUUAUUGCUCGAAUUGCCUUGCAACUUCUCAUGUAGAAAAAGAUUGUAAGAGUACCUACACAUGCAUACAAUGUAAAGAACGUCACCACUCUCUACUUCACCCUUUAUCUGUAAAUCAAUCACACUUUACAAACUAUAGUUCAGAUCCCAAUUCAGCUCAUAGUUCCUCGUUUAUACAGUCUACUCAACCACCAGCUCAAGACUCAUCAUAUUUACAUUCAUAUUAUAGCAGCAACCGAAACCGCGUUAUAUUAGCUACCGCUUUAGUUAUUGUUGAACACCAUGGUAUAUCAUUUACUCUUCGUGCACUUCUUGACCCGGGGUCUGAAGUGACCUUUAUUUCUGAGGAAGCACAAACUCGACUUAAGCUACCUGCCCAGUCUAUCGAAGCUCAUAUUUCUGGAAUAAAUGCUGUUAUUACUGCCAACGCUUCAAAACUUUGUUCUCUUAUUCUUAGAUCUAAUCAAACUCCAGAUUUAACCCUCAGUGUAAACGCCAUUGUCUUAAAACGACUCACGGGAGAUUUGCCAUCUUGUUGUAUAGAACAAUUUGAGAUUUCACAACCCAUUGAUUUUCCUUUAGCAGAUCCUGAUUUCAAAUCAAGCUCAAAGGUUGAUCUAGUACUUGGUGCCGAUAUAUAUCCUUCGAUAAUUCGAAAUGGUUUAAAACAUAACAUCUUCGGAUCCUUGGUAGCUCAAGAUACCAUCUUUGGAUGGGUCUUAUCCGGACCUCUCUCUCAACGGCCCAUGCAAUGCUUUUCGACGUCCCUAACAUAUUUCAGUGAAAUUUCUCUUAAUCAAGAGAUUUCAAAAUUUAUAGAAAUUGAAGAAAUUUUAGACAAUAUAAUAUCUUCUCCUGAAGAUGAAAUCUGUGAAAGGUUGUUUGCUGAAACGACAACUCGCAAUGCUGAUGGUCGCUACAUUUGUAAGCUUCCUUUCAAAGAUGAAGUUCCAGCUCUCGGGGAAUCGAGAGAACAAACCUUGAAACAGUAUCUUCGUACUGAAAAUGCAUUAGCUAAAAACCCAAGUUUCCACACUGAAUAUAACAAUGUUCUCGAAGAAUAUUUAACCCUAAAUCACAUGAAAAAAGUUGCUCCGCUCGAAAUUCAAAAGUCUACCGACAUAAAUUCUUAUUAUUUACCUCAUCACGCUGUGAUAAAACCCGAGAGUACUACUACCAAAACCCGAAUCGUAUUUAAUGCAUCCAGUCCAACUUCAAAUGGUAAAAGUUUAAACGACAUUCUUUUUACUGGUCCUAGCUUACAGUCAGAUCUCAUUUCAUUAAUUCUCAAUUGGCGUUUCUAUAGAUACGUUUUUAAUGCUGACAUCACAAAAAUGUACCGCCAGAUUUUUGUUCAUCCUGAACACACCCCAUUCCAAAGAAUUUUGUUUCGAAACUCAAGAAAUGAACCCGUUAGCGAUUUUGAACUGCAAACCGUCACAUUUGGUAUCAAUUGUGCACCGUACCUAGCAAUCCGAACCCUAAAACAGCUAGCUGAUGAUAUUCAAACUCAAUUUCCAUUAGCAUCAAACAUAAUUCGAAAUGAAUUUUAUGUAGACGAUGCCCUCUCUGGUGCCCAUGAUAUUGGAACAGCUAAGCUUUGCCAACAAGAGUUAGUGGCAGCCUUAAACUCAGCUGGUUUCACCCUUAGAAAAUGGACUUCUAAUUGUUCCGAACUUUUAGAUUCAUUUCCCUCUGCAGAUCUCUUAAGUCUAGAGUUUCUAAAACUAGAAGAAAAGUCCAGCGCAAAAAUGUUAGGAAUCCAGUGGAACGCUGCUAAUGAUGCAUUUGAAUUUUCCCUUAUUUCGCACUUCGAAGAAAUCGAAUUUUCCCCAAUCACUAAAAGAAAAGUUUUUUCGGCAAUUGCAAAAUUGUUUGACCCAGCCGGUUGGCUAGCCCCGACUAUCAUAACGGCGAAGAUUUUAAUGCAACGGAUAUGGCAAGAUGGCACGUCUUGGGACUCACCCCUAGAGCCCCUAACGUGUCAAGCUUGGAAGAAUUUCGUAGCAACCCUUCCCGAAAUCCGAAAUGUUCGAAUUCCUAGAUGGAUUGAAUAUAAUCCUUCAGUUUCAAUUCAGCUACAUGGAUUUAGUGAUUCUUCUGAGCGCGCAUAUUGCGCUGCAUUAUACAUUCGAGUUAACCAUAGAGAUAACAAAUUUACUUGUCACCUUCUUUGUGCUAAAACUAAGGUCGCCCCAGUUAAGCAGAUAUCACUCCCAAGAUUGGAGCUUUGUGGAUCCCUACUUCUCUCAAAACUCAUUAAGAAAAUUAUCCCUCAACUCAAUUACACUAUUGAAAAAACGUUUUUAUGGACUGACAGCUCUAUUGUUCUGGCUUGGCUUAAGAAGCCCCCACAUAUGUGGAAAACUUUUGUCGGAAACAGAGUUUCUCAAAUAAAUCAAAAUGUUGGACUUAUCGACUGGCAACAUGUUCGGUCUGCAGAUAACCCAGCAGAUCUUGCAACCAGAGGCUUGACCCCGUUAGAACUCCUUGACAAGCAACUAUGGUGGCGUGGACCUUACUGGUUAUCGGAAUCAAAAAACUCGUGGCCUAGUUCGAUUCCCAAUUCUCCAAUGGAACAAGAUCUUGAAGCGCCUCGCCGUGGUCUUCCAAAAACCAUAUUUUCCGACAACGGAACUAGUUUCGUAGGCGCUAGCAAGGUUUUAGCGAACGAUUUCAGACUCUUCAUAGACUCAUUUGCUCGAGUUGUGUCUGGUAUAUAUCAACCUCAAGGAGUUAAUUGGAAAUUUAUACCUCCUGGUGCCCCACACAUGGGCGGCUUGUGGGAAGCGGGCGUUAAAAGUUUUAAAGCCCACUUCCGCAAAGUUGCUGGUCAAAAUAAAUUCACUUUUGAAGAGUUUACUACUCUUCUGGCAAGAAUCGAAUCCUGUUUGAAUUCUCGUCCCCUCAUACCCUUAACUGAUAACAUCAUAGAUAUUCUACCCUUGACUCCUGGUCAUUUCCUACGAGGAGCACCCCUUUUGGCUCCACCGGAACCGGAUAUGACAUCCACUUCCUUGAGCCUAAGCAAUAGAUGGAAAAAAGUUAAGAUUCUUCAUCAUAACUUCUGUUUGAGAUGGAAAGAAGAGUAUCUCAAAGAGCUCCAAAAAAGAUAUAAAUGGAAAUAUUCAAAACGCGAUAUAGCCCUUAACGAUCUCGUCGUCAUCCGAGAAGAAAAUGUUUCAUGUAACGAAUGGCUUUUAGGACGCAUAGUAAAACUUUAUACAGGUUCUGACGGAAGAGUUAGGGUAGCAGAUGUUAAGACUCAAAAAGGUAUAUUGAAACGUCCUAUCGUUAAACUUUGUAUCCUACUACGCGAUGAAGAAGAAAACACACUUUGA